UUGACAGAGUCUGUGUGAUGUUCUGAGCCUCAUGUGGAUGUGGAAUACCCAGGAAGCAGCUCGGACGAGGGACGUAGAAACUCCUGAAGUGCUUUAUUUUUGGACGACUACCUCUUUGAUUCUACUUUUUACUCCCUCCUGUUAACAAAUCCCAUUCCCUCCCCCUUUUCUUCACCUGUUUUCUCUACUCUCUAUUUCCUUGUCUUUCUGUGACUCCUCUCCAUCGUAGUCCCUAAUUCUGCAUCCGAGUCACUGCUCUGUCCUCCUGGCUCUAUAUGGCCGAAUAAGUGGCAGAGAGUGGGGGCACUCUUGGUGGUUUUCUCUGAGGGGGGUAACGAAGUUGCGCAGUCAGGACCAGGACAAGCAGGUGGAGGAGGUGGUGGUGGAGGAUGGCGGUGGCUCUGGAUGAAGUGUGGGGGCGGGUGAAGAAUGUCUGCAAACAGAACGGACUGCUUAUCCUGUCUGUGUUGGCCGUGGUCAUUGGCUGCUUGCUGGGCUUCUUCCUCAGAGGCAAGCAGCUUUCCGAGCAGGAGGUGAAGUACUUCCAGUUCCCUGGAGAGCUGCUGAUGCGGAUGCUGAAGAUGUUAAUUUUGCCACUUGUCGUCUCUAGUUUGAUGUCGGGUCUCGCUGCCCUGGACGCCAAGUGCUCCAGCCGCCUGGGCAUCAUGACUAUCUCCUAUUACCUCUGGACCACCUUCGUUGCUGUGGUAGUGGGCAUCGUCAUGGUAUACAUCAUCCACCCGGGUGGCGCCGCUCAGAAGGAGGACUCCGAGGACAGCAAAAAGCCAAUGACCAGUUCUGCUGAUGCUCUGCUGGAUCUCAUUCGCAACAUGUUUCCAGCCAACUUGGUUCAAGCUACUUUUCAACAGUAUCGAACCCAGAGAGUCCCUGAGCUCAUCCCGAAGCCGACGGUGGCCCAGCUGCUGGACGAGACCACCACACGUAGGGUCUACAUCUACGGCAUCCAGGACGACAACGGCACUGACGUCCAGAACUUCUCCCUGGACCUCACACCGCCGCCUGACGUCAUCAUGAAAACAUCACCCGGCACCAGCGAAGGCAUGAAUGUGCUGGGAAUUGUGAUUUUCUCCGCCACCAUGGGAAUAAUGUUGGGAAGAAUGGGGCCUAAUGGAAGCGCUCUUGUCAACUUCUGUCAGAGUCUGAAUGAAGCAGUUCUGAAAAUCGUUGCCAUUGUCAUCUGGUAUUUCCCCUUCGGAAUCGUCUUCCUGGUCGCUGGUAAAAUCUUGGAGAUGGACGACCCUUCAGCCAUGGGGAAGAAACUGGGUUUUUACGCCAUCACGGUGGUAAUGGGCUUAGUACUGCACGGUCUGUUCAUCCUCCCAGCCAUGUACUUCUUCAUCACUAAGAAGAGCCCCAUUGUUUAUAUAAGAGGCAUUUUACAAGCACUGCUCAUCUCAUUGGCCACAUCUUCCAGUUCUGCCACUCUGCCUAUCACCUUCAAGUGCCUCCUCGAGAACAAUCACAUCGACCGGCGAAUCAUUCGCUUUGUGCUGCCCGUGGGGGCCACCAUCAACAUGGACGGCACCGCGCUCUACGAGGCUGUGGCAGCCAUCUUCAUCGCUCAAGUGAAUAACUAUGAGCUCGACUUUGGGCAGAUCAUCACAAUUAGCAUCACUGCCACGGCGGCCAGUAUCGGAGCAGCUGGAAUCCCGCAGGCUGGACUCGUAACCAUGGUGAUCGUGCUGACCUCUGUGGGUCUGCCCACUGAUGACAUUACUCUCAUCAUCGCUGUUGACUGGGCUUUGGAUCGAUUCAGGACCAUGGUCAACGUGAUGGGGGACGCCCUGGCCACGGGCAUCAUGGCACAUAUCUGCAGAAAAGAUUUUGUUAAAGAAGGGGAGCAGGUGCCUCUGAUAUGUGAGACUAAACCCAUGAUAAGCAUCCAGCAGAUGAUGAGCUACCAGAACCAGAAGAACGGCUGCUACCAACCUCCUCCACCGGGCAACAAGCACGACCACUUGUCCCCGGACGUGGCUCGACUGAUGCAGCUGGAGGAAGGGAUUCGGCCGAUAGAGAAGAAGAAACACGCUCAUCAUCAUAAGAGAGAGCACAGAGACAAGGAACACUGUUCUAUUGACAUGAACGGACUGGAGACAAAUGUAUAAACGAAUGAAAUCCAAAAUAAAAUCAUCUGCACAGCCAGGAGCGACGGACACAUCCACAGCAGGCGAACUGACACUUUUUCCUCCAGGAAGGAGAAUAGCCCAGAGUGGAUGAACAACAAACACAAGACUUUUUUUUUUUAAUUAUCUAAAUAAUGACCCUCAUUUGCUUUGUUUAUGUUUGUGUGCAUGUGUAUAUAUAUUUAUCAGAGUUGUAAUAUUUGUUACCAGCGGUGGCAGUUAGCUGCUCCGGUUGAUGGAAAUGUCUCUUCAGAUCAGAUAUCGACAGAACUGAGCCUCGCAAACAUCCUCCUGAGCCUGUGAGUCAGCCCUCUGCAAAGAUGGGUAAUGGACAACACAGCAUCCAAUAUCAGAAAUAAUUAACAGAAGCUAUGUCUCUGGACCGCUUGGAAAAAGCAGGAAGCAUACACUCAUAUCUGCUUUUGUCCUCUCAGAUUAGUUUUUUUUGGUAUAUUUUGAGAAGUACAUCACUGGGUUUUUGUACGUUUUUCUCUUUGUCAUUCUGUUCUCUGUAAUGUAACUGAUUUGAGCUCUGAAUAUUUUUUUUCCAUUAGACUCAGUAAAGCGCACAACAAAGAGACACAUGGACAAAACAAAGAGGAUUGAGGAAUUGCAAAGAAAUGACUGUUUAGAACCAGCUGUUUGACCCAAAACUGUGAUUUUCUGAAACACACAAGCCAUUCUCUCGCUAUAACGAAAAAAAAAAAGUCUGAUUUUUCAACAAUUCAACACCUUUUUUCCUCCACACUUCUUUUCUCUGCCUUGUUGUCCUGAGUCUAAGUCAGUACUCUGCCUCAUAUCUGCAGUACUGUUCGGUUGCUAUUGCAACAAUCAAGGCGAAAUGAUGAAGAAGACGGCGAUAAACGUGAAGCAGAGUUUUUGCCCUUGUGUUGAAGUCAUGUUGUUGAGUUGUCUUUGCACCCCAUUGUAUUCCCUCUUUGCCUUAAGUGACCAAAGGAGAAGCAUAUGGGGCCGGUGCGUUACUACAUUUAAGAAAAAAAAAAAAAAAAAAAAAAAAAAAAAAAGGACAAAAAAAAACACAUUAAAGGUCAUACUCUGAAUUGUGUCCAUAUGUAUGUGAUAUAUGCUGUACAUGUAUGUAUUUCAAAAGCAAAAAUGUAGAUUUUACUACCAUGUCAAUAUGUUUCAAGGGCUGCCAUUCUGUAUUUGUUAAAAGAAACAUCUCACUGUAGUCCAAAAUUUAUUAUAAUGUACCAUCUCUGUAAA